GAUCUUGUGUUUUCAAACUCCCAAGUAUUUAAACACAUCCUCGCAAUUGCAGCAGCAUCAACGUUCCGUUGACCCCCCUUUCGCUUCUCUGACUCAACUCUCUGCGUGCUAUAGAGAGAGAAAGAGAGCGACAGGGGAAGAAAAAGAGAGAGAGAAAGAGAAAAUCGCCGAGUUAAAAGGAAAUUAAGAACUGCCAAAUGCUUGAAUUGACUUUAGGCUAUCCUUCAUAAGCCCAGAUUCAAUGCCAAUCCUUCAAAUGAAGGCUAAGUCAACUACAACCUGCAAAAAAGAUGAGAGCUAUCCCCAUGUUUGCCAGAAAUCAAAUAAAAUAUCUAAAAAACCACACUCUAUGGUCAGAAUAACUAAUGAAAAGGAAAUUUUAGCUAUCUCAAACCAAACAUCUCAAAAUGAUUUUAGCAAAAUUGAAGAAUCUUCCAAGGAUCAUGACAAUGAAAAAGACAUGCAGCAAACUUGUUCUUCAUUCAAUGGAUGUACAGAUUCAAUAGAUGGAAAGGAUUCUUUCCCAUCUUCUGUUUCCUUGGAUUCAGAAUCAAUGCCGUCUUAUUUUAACGGGUCUAAUUAUGCUCAUUGUCACCAAUUUGAUUCAGUUAAUAAGGAGCAAAUCACUUGGGCAGAUCAAGUGGAUGACAUUAAUGUCCCCAAUUUUCAAAUGCUUCAGGUGUUAGAUUUAUAUCCUUAUGAAGGAUGUAGCACUGGGUUGCCCUGUGAUGGGAUAAGUGUAAUUGAUAAUAGUUGGAGCUUUAAUAGCCUUCCUGAUCUUGAAUUUACUGGGACAAGUUUUAUAAAUCAUGUCAAUGAGGGAAUUCUGUCAUUUCCCUCUGUCGAGGAGACAAUACAAUCAGCAGAUUACCGUUAUGUAGGGUCCUCUGAAGAGUGUCUGCAGAUGUCUGAUUCUUCAUGGUUUCAUCUCAUGUGCCAUCAGGCCAAGCCAUUUACUAAUGAACUUGAUGUCAAUACCAGUCAGUUUGAUUCAGAUAGAGUAGACUAUUUUGAUCCGGAGACAUUCGUUAAAAGUUUUUUGGAGUUAUCAGAUGAAUCUAACUCAUUACCUGCCUUAGUAAGCAAGGAAACAAGCAAACAGAAGCGUGUUACCCUUGUUCUUGAUUUGGACGAAACACUGGUCCAUGCUAGCGCGCAAGAAUGUGAUAGUGCUGACUUCACAAUUCAAAUAUCCCUUUCCAUUGACAAGGAGUUCACAGUAUAUGUGCGAAAGAGGCCCUUCCUCCAAGAAUUUUUGGAGAAAGUAUCGGAGAUGUUUGAAAUCAUCAUUUUCACAGCUAGUAAACGCAUCUAUGCUGAAAAAUUGCUAGCUGUGCUUGAUCCUGAUAAAAAGCUUUUUUCUCGACAAGUAUACCGAGAAUCAUGCAUCUUGAAAGAUAACACCUACACCAAAGAUUUGACAGUUCUUGGAAUUGAUCUGGCAAAAGUAGCCAUAGUGGACAACUCUCCAAAGGUAUACCGCUUGCAAGUUAAUAAUGGGAUUCCUAUUGAAAGUUGGUUUGACGACCCUUCUGACACUGCUCUGAUUUCUUUGCUCCCCUUUCUGGAGAAAUUGGUGGAUGUGGAUGAUGUUCGCCCCAUUAUUGCAGAGAAAUUUGGGGCAAGGAUUUAAUUUUCCGUUCUCUCCUUUUCCCCUUCUUUCAAGCACUAGAUAACUCUAAUCUUAGGAUUUUACAUCCUUUCAACCCAAUUUUCAUCAUGAUAGUUGCCUAGUUAGUGGUUUUUUGCCUAGAUGCUAGUUGAGUUUACAGAUUUUAUUUGACUUUUUGGUGAUUUUUUACAAAUAGCUAUGAUUAUGUUAUAGCCAGAUAGCAUAUAUAUAUAUAUAUAUAUCUCAUAUAAAUGUAUAUAAAAUAUUUGAACUGUAAUAAUUUGCUUAAAAUUUUCGGCUUUAGUUAAAAGGCAUGUU